UUACAGGCCAAGUCCAAACACAACUUGGCCUAUUAGCCCCUAGGAACUUCAUAUGGAUGUGGGCAGCUUCAUCCUGCCCUCUAAUAGGAUAUGUGGUUUUCAACAGAUGGAUUAUUGCUAGCUGCUAAUGAAUAUAUCUGACUGAAGCGCUGUAGCUGUUAACAACUUCGUGACAAUACUGUCAAGUCCGGAUGAAAUGCAUGCCCAAAUUUAACUGCCUGCUACUCAUCCCCAGAAGAUAAGAUGCAUAUUAUUAGUAUUUGGAUAGAAAACACUCUGAAGUUUCUAAAACUUUUUGAAUCAUGUCUGUGAGUAUAACAGAACUUAUUUAGCAGGCGAAACCCGAGGACAAACCAUUCGGAUUUUCUUUUUUUGAGGCCACUCUAUUCAAUGGUUUUUCAUUUGGAAUCCUAAUUUCUAAGGCACCUUCUUGCAGUUCCUAUCGCUUCCACUGGAUGUCAACAGUCUUUAGAAAUUGGUUGAGGUUAUUCCUUUGUGUAAUGAAGAAGUACGGCCAUCUUGAACGAGGGUCACUUGAAGUGUACUGUUAGAGGCGCGUGACCAGAAAGCAUGUUUCAGUUUGUUUUCUUCCUGUAUUGAACACAGAUCAUCCAGCCUUCAAUUUUAUCGAUUAUUUACGUUAAAAUACCUAAAGUUGUAUUACAAAUGUAGUUUUGGCAAAGUUUACAGGUAACUUUUGAGAUAUUUCAAAGUCACGUUGCUCAAGUUGGAACCAGUGUAUUUCUGGAUCAAACGCGCCAAAUAAAUGGACAUUUUGGAUAUAUAUCGAUGGAAUUAAUCGAACAAAAGGGCCAUUUGUGAUGUUUAUGGGACAUAUUGGAGUGCCAAAAAAAGAAGCUUGUCACAGGAAAAGGCUGAAUUAUGUCAACCAUGCACGCCGUCUGGCUGAUGGGGACUGGACAGGGGCAGAUAGUGAUGAGGAAGCAGUGGUGGUGGACAGAGAGGAGGAGGAACAGCAGAAGGAGAAGGAUGCAGAGGAUGAUGGGAUGGAGAUUGAGAGGAAGAAGUUGCCAAAGUACUAUGCCAACCAGCUCAUGCUGUCAGAGUGGCUCGUGGACGUCCCUCAGGAACUGGAUACUGAUUGGCUCAUGGUGGUCUGUCCCGUGGGGAAGCGCUCUCUCAUCGUCGCCUCCAAGGGGUCCACUGCAGCAUACACCAAAAGUGGCUACUGUGUGAACCGCUUCCCUUCUCUGUUACCUGGAGGGAACAGACACAAUUCAGCAAUGGGAAAAGAUUACACCAUCCUGGACUGUAUCUACAGUGAGGUGGAGCGGACCUACUUCAUCCUGGAUGUCAUGUGUUGGAGGGGCCAUCCAGUGUACGACUGUCCAACAGAGUUCCGGUUCUACUGGCUCCAGUCGAAAGUCCAGGAGACGGAUGGCAUGGCUGACAUUGCCAAGAGGAACCCUUUCAAGUUUGUGAGUCUUCAAAGCACUGCCUGCUCAACGGAAGCCAUUCAGCAAGCACUUGCAACAGAGUACAACUUCAAUGUGGACGGACUUCUGUUUUACCACCGGCAGACCCACUACACCCCCGGCAGCACCCCUCUGGUGGGCUGGCUGCGGCCCUACAUGGUCGUCGAUAUCCUGGGCAUGGAGGUCCCAUUGGGGCCCCUCACCGCCAAGCCCGAGUAUGCCAGCCACCAGCUGGCCCAGAUCCGGGAGCACAAGAAGACCUCCGACCAUGUCCGGCCAGGGGACCUGAACGGCCGCUACGAGCUGGAGCACCUAUCCACCCCCGACCAGGAAAAGGGAGAUGGCGACGCCGCCAGCUCGCCCCGCAGCAGACCGCUGAAGGAAUCUCGCAUGGAGACCUCAGAGAAGAGCACGAGUUAGCUAGCCACUGAAGGCUAACUCAGUUGGCUAGCUGCUAAAGGCUAACUCUGUUCUGCUAACCAAUAAUAUUGUAAUGCUUUGCUGCUCGCCAUGCCAGAAAGACAAAUUACAAAAAACUUCAGACUACGUUGUGGGGAGUUUUUUUUGGACAGUUACAUUGCGAGGCAUUUAAUGAGCGGGAGUUCAAUGAAAUAGCAAGUUAGUCACUGUGCUUCAUUUGGAGCGCCCUGAGUUCAGGCAUCGCUUGGUUCACCAGAGCUGUAACCACAUUUUCAUUACACUGUGCUAGUUAGUCUAAUCCACUGCAUUACACUAUGUAAAAUGCAAGGGCCCUGUUAAAGAAGCCAGUUUCCCGGACCUAGAUUAAACGCAUUCGUAGAUUAAAAAACACUUUCAAUUAUAUUUUUCCAUUGAGAGACCACUGGGGCUGGGCAACUUACUUUAGUGUUGCCGAAAUGAACACUGUUCUUCUGCUCAUUUUGCCAGGCCUUGUGAAUGGACAACUAUACGUCAUUGCACUUUCAGAGGUUCAAUAAAUAACACAGUUGGUUACACAGGCCCUUUAGACCUAAAUUGAUAGCGUCUGUCAUGGCCAGAUGUGUAACAAAUGCAAAAGUUGAUUAAUCUGAUUCUUUUAAGUGUAUGUUUAUUAAAUUGUUUUAAUUGACUUUUCAA